GAUGAUAGUACUUGACUGUGUGAUUGUUACGAAGCGAAAGACACAUCACUAAAAUAAAUUAAGUAGUGAAACUUGAAAUCACUUACAAAAUUUUAUAUCACAACAUAAUGAAUACGACUCAUUAGAGAAAUUUUUUUUUACUUUUACUCGUUAUUGGUGAAUUGAUCUAGAUCGAUAAAUCGUCUCGGGAUUCAAAAUGAUUAUCCCGAACGAAUACGUUUCAACCGCUGAAGAUGUUGCAGACCAAGUUGUACGAAAAGGAAAAAAUAUUUUACCAACUGUAGCCAGAUUAUGUUUAAUAUCAACAUUUUUGGAAGAUGGAUUACGAAUGUGGUUUCAAUGGUCGGAACAACGGGAGUAUAUGGAUAUGUCAUGGGGAUGUGGGACAAUUUUAGCCACAUUAUUUGUUAUUAUUAAUUUAAUUGGUCAACUUGGUGGUUGUGUAAUGGUUAUUUGCCGUUAUCAAGUUUCCAUUGCAUGUGGAACAUUAUUUUUUAUUGUUGUAUUACAGACUGUUGCGUAUAGCAUAUUAUGGGACUUACAAUUUUUAUUCCGUAAUCUAGCCUUAAUUGGUGCAUUAUUAUUGGUAUUGGCUGAAUCACGUGUGGAAGGUCGUAGUUUAUUUGCCGGUGUACCAACAAUGGGUGAUAACAAGCCGAAAAAUUAUUUACAAUUAACUGGUCGUAUACUUUUAGCAUUUAUGUUUAUCACGUUAAUACGAUUUGAACUUAGUUUUAUGCAGAUAAUUCAAGAUAUAUUAGGUUCAGCGUUGAUGGUUUUGGUCACCGUUGGCUACAAAACAAAAUUAUCAGCUUUAAUAUUAGUGUUACUUUUAACGUUAUUAAACUUUUAUCACAACGCAUGGUGGAAUAUUCCAGCGUAUAAACCACUCAGAGACUUCCUUAAAUAUGAUUUCUUCCAGACGCUGUCUGUAAUUGGUGGCUUGUUAAUGAUCGUAUAUCUUGGUCCUGGAGGUGUAUCCAUGGAUGAACAUAAAAAACGAUGGUAAAGAAAAAUACAAUAUAAAAAAAAUUCCAUCCAACUUCAAAACCUCACAUCAUUCCUAAUAAAUGGAUUGAAACACCCUAAAAACUUAUAUAUUGUUGACUUCAUGCUUGUUCAUGACUUCAAAAGUGAUAAAAACACAUAAUUUAGACAUUUUAA